UCCACCAUGUCAAACUUAAAUUUUGAUCAACUCCUCCUGGCACUGCUUUUAUCCAGUAGCUAUGUAUGGGCAUCGGAAAAAUGUACUUAUUGUCGGGGAAUUAAUUGCCAAAGGACUAGUUACGAGGCUGAUGAAGAGUGUUCGGAUAAAUUGGAUGCCUGCGUGAGUGUUUUUCAGGAUGGAUUUGUUCAGGCUCAAGGAUGUCUGGAAAGUCUUGAGGAUGACCUAAAAGAAAAGUGUACGGAGAAUAACAAAGGGUAUGGAAUUGACUGCGAGAUCUGUAUAACCGAAAAGUGCAACAAUGUGGCGCCAAAAACCUACAGCUGUCUUCAGUGUAAUAACACCGAGGACACUCAGUGUGCUGAAUCUCCAGACCUCCUAAAGGCAGUACAAUGUCCUAUUGCGAGAUCUGGAAGAAGUUUUUGCUAUGCCAGCUUGCUGGGAGAUCGUUUGGAAAGAGGAUGUUCUCUGACUCUUUCAGAUCAAGUAGGGUGCCUGGCGAAUCCAAAUUGUCAAUUGUGUGAUCCUUUAGAACAACCCCACUGCAAUGAUCAAGUUCUAAAAACAGACGACAACUCUACCACUGAAAGUCCCACGGAAUCCACAAGUUCAUCAACUGGGUCUACACCUAGUUCAACAAUAACAACAGAAUCUACAUCAAGCUCUACACCAAGUUCAACAACAAGUUCUUCAACAAGUUUAUCAACAGGUUCAUCAACAAGUUCUUCAACAAGUGCAUCAACAAGUUCUUCAACAAGUUCUUCAACAACUUCAACCACAAAUUCACCACAAACCACCCAAUCCAGUACAGAACCUUCCACAACCGAAAAGAUUCCAACAACAACGGACAAACCCAACUCGGCAUUGGGCCUUCACGCUCCCGUAUUCCUGAUCUUAACUCAAUUGGCUCUCUGUGCUCACCACAUACUACAACAAUAAUAAUAAUUAUUACCUAAAUAAUUCCCACGACCUUCUAAGGAACGUAAUCUAUGUACGACUAUUAUUAAAGUAAUUUUUAUG